AUGUCUGAUGUCAAGCAACCAAAAACAAAAAGAAAGAAAGUGAACAAGGCCUGCGUGUUCUGUAGAAGGUCACAUAUGGUUUGUGAUGAGAAAAAGCCAUGUAGCAGGUGUGUUAAGAGAUCUAUCGGGCAUUUAUGUCGAGAGGAUGACGGAGAUCAGUCUGGCACUAGACUUCCGCCAAUUAAUCACACGUCAACUGCGCAAACUGUUGACAACGGUACCUCCGGCGACGAUCCUGAACAAUUAAAGGUUAAUCUCCAUUCCUCCCCACAACAAUUAAGGUCACAAGGUCACGUGCAACAGAGCCAACAAUCACACAAACAAGAGCAGUUGGAUAUACAACCCGUUCCAGCACAUUUGGCUCAUGCGAUCCAGCAACAACAAGUUUCCUCCAAUGCUAAUCGCUCGGCUAAUACGUCGAACAAUGUAAAUGGCAGCUCUUUAGGUCGUAUUUCAUCCAUUAAUCAACCAUUAUUUCUUUCGGAACAUAUCGGUUCGGAGUUCAGUUCGUUAAACGAGUUCUUAACGAUGCUCGAAGAUCCUAUGCUAAUUGAACCGGGUACCCCUCUGAAUGAUCAAAUAGAUGGUCAGUCUUCGGAGCAGCAUAAUCAGUAUCGCUCAGGUUUAUCCCAUUUACCCCAUGACUCUCAUCCCGGAGUUCCAACAAAAAGUAAUAGCAGAACAGUAGGCACAAUUACUUCUCAUAAUGUAAACAUGCAUGUUCCAAAUGGUGAUCAACCCAUGGUUACAGCUAUGUCUCCUCCUCUUCUGCCUGACGACCAACAACCAACUCCGAAGGAAAACUUCUUUCUUACAGCAGCAGAUCCUUCUACUGAGAUAAACCCAGAAGAUAGGUUGAAACUAGUUAUCAAUGCAAAGCUCGAAGCAGGCUUAUUGCAACCUUAUAAUUAUGCCAAAGGUUACUCUAGAUUGCAAAAUUUUAUGGAUAAAUACAUGAACCAAUCUUCAAAGCAAAGAAUUUUGAAGCCUCUAUCGAUCAUUAGACCAGCCUUUCGCGCAAUUGCCAGAUCAUUAAAAGAUGUUGAUUUAGUGCUAGUAGAAGAGAGUUUUGAAAGGAUGCUAUUAUCAUACGAUCGUGUGUUUACCUCUAUGUCCAUGCCGGCCUGUUUAUGGAGACGUACAGGAGAAAUAUAUCGUGGGAAUAAGGAAUUUGCAUCUUUGGUAGACUGCAAGGUGGAUGAUCUUCGAGAUGGUAAACUUGCUAUAUACGAAUUGAUGAGCGAGGAAAGUGCAGUGAAUUUUUGGGAGAAAUAUGGAUCUAUUGCUUUUGAUAAGGGGCAAAAGGCUGUUUUAACCAGUUGUAAUCUAAGAACUAGGGAUGGCAGGCACAGAAGACCUUGCUGUUUCAGCUUCACCAUACGAAGAGAUAGGUAUAAUAUUCCUAUCUGCAUUGUUGGUAACUUUAUUCCUAUAUCAUAA